GGCCAGUCAAUAACCGCUCACACACUCUAUGUCAUUUACUGCCGCGGACAACGACUGAAUUCACUUUACUUUCUUUGGACAUUCAAUUCACAUUGAAACCAUCUGAACUUGUUGACUGACCAAGAUACAAGGCGUCAUCAUACGUCUUCACACAUACCUCGACACGUUUGGAUUUUUCAAUGGUUGUCUCCUCAGCCCAUCAGGGAAGAUAGAAAGAGAGAGAGCGAGAGAGAGACAGAGGGGACAAUAAAAGCAAAAGGAGCAAGGAUGAGCACAAGCAAGCGUCUCAGGUGGGCAAUCUGCGUUGUGCUGCCUCUGGUGGGCUUCGCCCUGAUCUGCGUGGGGGUCUUCCAGAUCUUCCUGGGCAAGGGGGGGCGCUACGUCCACCUGAGGGUGGUCAUGGCGUACGCCGAGGUGAUGGCCGGCCUCAUUGUCAUGCUCAUUCCGGUCGUCUGGGCCGUCUGCCACAGCGCUGAGAGCAGGGACCUGGGACCAGGAGACAUGCUCGCACCGCGGCCCUCACAGCAGAUCUGCACCGUCGACAGACCCUUCCCUCCGUCCUACGAGGAAUCCCAGAGGAGAUGCAUGGAUCCUCCCUCUAUAGAGAUGGUGGCGGAGGGGGCGCCAGACUCAAUGGAGAUGGUGGUGGAGGGGAAGGGGGUCCCAACACCGGCAAUGUCCCCUCCUUUGUACACCCAGCACAGCUUUGACAUCCCAGACUGCACCUGGUGGGAAUGGGAGCAGCCCCCUCCUUACACUGGCCCCGCCCCCACCUCUUGAACACACACACACACACACACACACACACACACACACACACACACACACACACACACACACACACACACACACACACACACACACACAAAUAUACACACAAACACACACAAACACACACAGAAACAA